UGCACCGUCCUUUUCCUCUCUCUGUUUUUUUAUUUAUUUAUGAAAGCUACAGUCUUUAAGCAGAACCCAUUUUUCUUCUCCUUCUCCUCCACUGUAAAAUUCAAACGGUCGGAAACGAAGAUGGGUUUCCAUUUUCAGCUCGUCGUCUUCUCCGUCAUCUUCUUCGCUUCACGUUCCGUUGUUCUCUGUAGAAUCUUACCAGAUACCCCCAAAACGAUGUCGGUUCUUGACGUCGUCGGCUCCAUUCAGACAGCCAAGGACGUGUCGUCUUUAAGCUCGAAAACGACGGCGUUUCGGUCGAACAAGCAAGAAGAAGACCAGUUUCCUCCAUCGUCGCUUAGCUUGAAGCUGCAUUCUCGAGCUUCGAUCAGGGGAAAUGAACACCGAGACUACAGGACCCUCACACUGGCCCGGCUCGAGCGCGACUCGGCCCGAGUCAGAUCUCUCACGACUCGUCUUGAUCUGGCCGUCAGCCGCGUGUCGCCGGCGGCUCUCGAAACACGCGACGGCGGUGCGAAGAUUAACGGCCCGGUGGUUUCCGGCACGAGCCAGGGAAGUGGAGAGUACUUCUCGCGUGUCGGAAUCGGAAAUCCACCUCGUCAGGUGUACAUGGUCCUCGACACUGGCAGCGACGUGAACUGGUUACAGUGUUCUCCUUGCGCCGACUGUUACCAACAAUCCGACCCACUCUUCGAUCCUCUGUAUUCGUCUUCUUACUCUCCUCUCUCCUGCCAUAGCUCUGAGUGUAAGGCCCUUGAUGAUUACGAAUGUCGGAACCAGACAUGUCUGUACGAGGUUUCGUACGGUGAUGGGUCGUAUACGGUCGGCGACUUUGCCACCGAGACAAUCACCAUUGGCUCCGCCUCUGUCGAGCACAUCGCCAUCGGUUGCGGCCACAGCAACGAAGGUCUCUUCGUCGGCGCCGCAGGGUUGCUCGGACUCGGCGGCGGGAUGCUGUCGCUGCCGUCGCAGCUCAACACGACGUCGUUCUCUUACUGCCUCGUGGAUCGUGACUCGGACUCGUCGUCGACUGUUGAGUUUGACUCGCCUCUUCCUCCGAACGCCGUCGUGGCUCCGUUGCUCCGGAACCCUCAGGUCGACACAUUUUACUACCUGGGUAUCGCCGGAAUCAGCGUCGGCGGCGAGUUCCUGCCGGUUCCCAAGUCAGCUUUCCGAAUGGCUGAGUCGGGAAUCGGAGGGGUCAUCAUCGACUCGGGAACCGCCGUGACUCGUCUCCAGACAGAGACGUACAACUCGCUGAGGGACUCGUUCGUUAAGGGGACGGCGGACCUGCCGACAGCGAGCGGCGUGGCGCUUUUCGACACGUGCUACGACCUGUCGGGGAACACGACGGUGGAGGUUCCGACGGUGGCGCUCCACUUUACCGGCGGGAGAAUGUUGGCGUUGCCGGCGAAGAAUUACCUGAUUCCGGUGGAUUCGGCGGGGACUUUCUGCUUGGCUUUUGCGCCGACGACGUCACCGAUGGGGAUCAUAGGCAACGUGCAGCAGCAGGGGACACGUGUCACUCUCGAUCUGGCGAACUCUGCCAUUGGAUUCUCAUCCAAUCAAUGCUAAUGUCAGAUUCUUUUAAAAGUUUGGAUUUUUAAUUCAGAAUUGGAUUUCUAGUCGUUGGUUUAAAUUACUGUUUUUACCUAAGGAGAGAGAAGUAAAUGUGGAUUCUUCGUUUUGUAAUUUCUACUGCUCUUCUUCGGACAAAGUGAAAAAACUGUGGGGCCCAA